UAAGUUUCAUCUGUCAAAAAGGGAUCUUCACUUCACCUAUCCCACGUGUUUGUUUCUUCUCGUUGUAAAGUUUUCUUUUCGGAAAAAACAUACCUACCUAGUUAAUUUAUUAGCAUGUCCAACGAAAUUGAGGAUCAAAUGGACGCUAGUGAUAGCGGCAGUGAGGAUGAUGAUAUGGACGAUGAAGGCAGUACGGCAGGAGACGACGUACCACAGACUUAUCUGCCUGGUCAGCCGCUGAAAGAUGAUGAACAGUUGGUGUGUGAUCAGUCGGCGUAUGUGAUGCUGCAUCAAGCACAAACUGGGGCCCCGUGCCUAAGCUUCGAUAUCAUUACAGAUAAUCUCGGUAGUGAUAGAGACCAGUUUCCUAUGACUGCCUAUUUAGUUGCCGGCACUCAAGCAUCGAGUGCACAUUUAAACAACUUGUUAGUUAUCAAAAUGUCAAAUUUACAUCAAACAUCAAAGCCUGAAGAUGAAGAAGAAUCUGAUGAGGAUGAUGAAGAUGCAGAGGAGGAUGAGGAAAAGAAACCACAGAUGACAUUUUCUUUUAUCAAACAUCAAGGAUGUGUUAAUAGGAUAAGAACAGCAAAUUUCAAAAAUUCAGUCUUAGCUGCAAGUUGGUCUGAACUAGGUCGAGUGGAUAUUUGGAAUGUGACACAACAGUUACAAGCCGUUGAUGACCCUGUUCUUCUAGAGCGGUACAACCUAGACAAUGUGACUAAUCCUGUGAAGCCUGUUUACUCUUUCAACGGCCAUCAACAAGAGGGCUUUGGCAUCGACUGGUGUCCUACAGAACCUGGUGUCUUAGCUACUGGUGAUUGUAGAAGAGACAUACACAUUUGGAAACCAAAUCAAGCAGGUACUUGGGAUGUGGACCAAAGACCUCUUGUGGGUCACACUAAUUCUGUUGAAGAUAUUCAAUGGUCACCUAAUGAACGUAAUGUGGUGGCAACAUGUUCAGUGGACAAAACCAUUCGAAUAUGGGAUACUCGGGCUGCCCCUCACAAAGCUUGCAUGUUAACAGCAGAAAAUGCACACGAGAGUGAUGUUAAUGUUAUAUCUUGGAAUAGUAAAGAACCAUUUAUAGCUAGUGGUGGUGAUGAUGGGUUCCUGCAUAUAUGGGACUUAAGGCAGUUUACAAACAGUACUCCAGUUGGCACCUUUAAGCACCACACAGCUCCAUUGACGUCUGUGGAGUGGCACUGGACAGAGCCCAGUGUGCUGGCCUCAGCUGGGGAGGACCACCAGGUGGCUCUGUGGGACUUGGCUGUCGAAAGGGAUGAUGAUGAAGUUGUUGAUGAACAACUGAAGAAUCUGCCCCCUCAACUACUAUUCAUCCAUCAGGGACAAAGUGAUAUAAAAGAACUCCAUUGGCACAAACAGAUGCCAGGCGUUAUUGUGACCACUGCACAUACAGGUUUCAAUAUAUUUAAGACUAUCAGUGUAUAGAAUAAAAUUAGAAAAAAUA